AUGCAUCAGCAUCACAACAACGUUGUUGAAGAUCAUGAGGCUCUGAUGUACCAAACCUACCCGUGUGCAUACUACGUCCAAAGCCCUUCCACUCUCUCCCAUGCCAACAGCACAGACAUACGGAGCAACAUCCAAAACGACGUCGAAUCCACUUUCCACUCCCCGAUCCGAUCCGAAACCCACCCGUUAAACCCGACCCACGAAGACGAACGCUCCCGCUUCGCCCUCUGCCGCUACUCCUCCUCCCGGGGCUCCAGCCACUCCUUCUUGCACCACAAAAAGAUCUCCUAUGAUGGGAGUCACGGCACUGCCACUGAAAACGACGAUGUGAAUCGUCUCACUGUCGUCAACGACGGUGGCAGUACCAAAGAUGGUAGUGAGAAUGAUGAGGAAGAGGAAGGGUUGUUUUAUGAUUAUUAUUAUUAUGGGAAAGGGAAAGGAGGGUGGAAGAGGUACUUUUCAUAUCGUAAUUCUGAUUCCUGGGCUUGGAUUUGGUUGCAAAUGAGUUGGAGAAUUUUGUUGAGCUUUGGAAUUGCAUUGCUUGUGUUCUACAUUGCUACAAAACCUCCACCACCCAAUGUCUCCGUUGAGAUCGCAAGGAUUCCCGAAUUUAGACUAGCUGAAGGGGUGGAUAGAACUGGAGUGACAACAAAGAUCCUGACGUGCAAUUGUUCAAUGAAUUUAAUCAUAGAAAAUAAAUCCAGGUUCUUUGGUCUUCACAUUCGUCCUUCUACGAUGGAGAUGAAAUUUUCCAUCUUACCCUUUGCAUUUUCAAAUGGGCCUGAGCUCUAUGCUGAGAGUGGCUCAACAAUCUUUGCAUUGCAAUUGGGAGCGAAGAACAAGCCCAUGUAUGGUGCUGGAAGAACCAUGCAGGAUAUGCUAGAUUCUGGAAGAGGAUUGCCAAUAGUAAUACGAUUAAUUCUGAGCUCAAAUUUCAAAGUGGUUCCGAGACUUAUAAAACCCAAGUUCCAUCAACAAGUUGAAUGUUUGGUGGUUAUCAAAAAGGGUUACGAUAAAAAACAUCGAACGCAAUCAUUUAAAAGCACAUGUAAAGUAACUUCUUGA